AUGAUUGAAGGAGCUAAAAAUGAUCCCCCAUUUCAACUCAAACUUCCUCCAAAGGCAGCUAGACCUGAAAAAGAAGUUGACCCAGAAUAUGAAGAGAAGAUGAAAGCAGAUCGAGCAAAAAGGUUUGAAUUCCUCCUGAAGCAGACAGAACUUUUUGCGCACUUCAUUCAGCCUGCAGCACAGAAAUCACCAACAUCUCCAUUGAAAGUCAAGCUGGGACGGCCACGGAUGAAGAAAGAUGAAAAACAGAGUUUGAUUUCAGCUGGGGAUUAUCGUCACAGGCGCACAGAACAAGAAGAAGAUGAAGAGCUUUUGUCAGAGUCUCGAAAAACUUCUAAUGUGUGUAUUCGAUUUGAGGAGUCUCCUUCAUAUGUGAAAGGAGGAACACUAAGAGAUUAUCAGGUUAGAGGUUUGAACUGGAUGAUCUCAUUGUAUGAAAAUGGUGUUAAUGGCAUUCUGGCAGAUGAAAUGGGUCUUGGUAAGACUCUGCAAACAAUAGCAUUAUUAGGCUAUCUGAAGCAUUACCGAAACAUUCCUGGGCCACACAUGGUCCUGGUUCCAAAAUCAACUUUGCACAAUUGGAUGAAUGAAUUCAAACGCUGGGUUCCAUCAUUACGUGCUGUUUGCCUUAUUGGAGAUAAAGAUGCCAGAGCUGCUUUUAUCCGUGAUGUUAUGAUGCCUGGUGAAUGGGAUGUUUGUGUUACAUCAUAUGAAAUGGUAAUUAAAGAGAAAUCAGUCUUCAAAAAAUUUAACUGGAGGUACCUGGUAAUUGAUGAAGCCCACAGAAUAAAGAAUGAGAAGUCUAAGCUGUCAGAGAUUGUACGUGAGUUCAAGACAACAAAUCGAUUGCUGCUUACAGGAACUCCUUUACAGAAUAACCUCCAUGAGUUGUGGGCAUUACUCAAUUUUCUUUUACCUGAUGUCUUCAAUUCUGCAGAUGAUUUUGACUCAUGGUUCGACACUAAAAAUUGUCUUGGUGAUCAGAAACUUGUAGAAAGACUUCAUGCUGUUUUGAAGCCAUUUUUACUACGUCGCAUAAAAGCUGAAGUAGAAAAGAGUUUGCCUCCAAAGAAGGAAGUAAAAAUUUAUCUUGGGCUCAGCAAAAUGCAGAGGGAAUGGUAUACAAGGAUCCUGAUGAAAGAUAUUGAUAUCCUGAAUUCAGCUGGGAAAAUGGAUAAGAUGCGUCUGCUGAAUAUUCUGAUGCAGCUGCGGAAAUGCUGUAACCAUCCUUAUCUAUUUGAUGGUGCUGAGCCGGGCCCUCCUUACACCACUGACACACAUCUCAUCACUAACAGUGGUAAAAUGUUAGUUCUGGAUAAACUGCUAGCAAAACUCAGAGAGCAAGGUUCCAGAGUUCUACUUUUUAGUCAGAUGACUCGCUUACUGGAUAUUUUGGAAGACUACUGCAUGUGGCGUGGAUAUGAGUACUGCCGACUUGAUGGACAGACACCACAUGAAGAAAGAGAGGAAGCAAUAGACACAUUUAAUGCUCCCAACAGCAGCAAAUUCAUUUUCAUGCUGAGUACCAGAGCUGGAGGUCUUGGAAUUAAUUUAGCAACUGCUGAUGUGGUUAUUCUCUAUGAUUCAGACUGGAACCCUCAAGUAGAUCUGCAAGCCAUGGAUCGUGCGCAUCGUAUUGGUCAAAAGAAACCAGUACGGGUGUUUCGACUAAUCACUGAUAAUACUGUUGAAGAGAGGAUUGUAGAAAGAGCUGAAAUAAAACUGAGACUGGACUCUAUAGUUAUACAACAAGGAAGGCUCAUAGACCAACAGUCUAACAAACUGGCAAAAGAUGAAAUGCUGCAGAUGAUCCGUCAUGGAGCCACGCAUGUUUUUGCUUCCAAAGAUAGUGAGCUGACGGAAGAAGAUAUAACCACCAUUUUAGAAAGAGGUGAAAAGAAGACAGCUGAAAUGAAUGAACGUUUGCAGAAAAUGGGGGAGAGCUCCUUACGAAAUUUCACUAUGGACACAGAGAUGAGCUUGUACAACUUUGAAGGUGAAGAUUAUAGAGAAAAACAAAAGCUGAGCAUGAUGGAAUGGAUAGAGCCUCCAAAGCGAGAGCGCAAAGCUAAUUAUGCAGUUGAUGCUUAUUUCAGAGAAGCCCUGCGUGUUAGCGAACCAAAGGUCCCAAAGGCUCCACGACCUCCAAAACAACCAAAUAUUCAGGAUUUCCAGUUUUUCCCACCAAGGUUAUUUGAACUUCUGGAAAAAGAAAUUCUGUAUUAUCGUAAGACUAUAGGAUAUAAGGUCCCCAGGAAUCCUGACCUCCCAAAUGCAGCUCAGGCACAAAAAGAGGAACAAAAGAAGAUAGAUGAGUCUAUGCCUCUGAAUACUGAGGAAACUGAAGAGAAAGAAAAGCUUCUAACACAGGGUUUUACGAACUGGAAUAAAAGAGAUUUUAACCAGUUUAUUAAAGCUAAUGAGAAAUACGGUCGUGAUGAUAUAGACAAUAUUGCCCGUGAGGUGGAGGGAAAGUCACCUGAGGAGGUCAUUGAGUAUUCAGCUGUUUUCUGGGAACGUUGUAAUGAACUACAGGACAUUGAGAGGAUUAUGGCUCAAAUUGAACGAGGAGAGGCAAGAAUUCAACGCAGGAUCAGUAUCAAGAAAGCCCUCGAUGCCAAAAUUGCACGGUAUAAAGCACCUUUUCAUCAGUUGCGUAUACAGUAUGGAACAAACAAAGGGAAAAAUUAUACAGAAGAGGAAGACAGAUUUUUGAUAUGCAUGUUACACAAGAUGGGCUUUGACAAAGAAAACGUGUAUGAGGAACUAAGGCAGUGUGUGCGCAAUGCCCCUCAGUUCAGAUUUGACUGGUUUAUCAAAUCUAGAACUGCAAUGGAGUUUCAGAGACGCUGCAAUACUCUCAUAUCUCUAAUAGAAAAAGAGAAUAUGGAAAUUGAGGAAAAAGAAAGAGCUGAAAAGAAGAAAAGAGGAGCAAAAGUUACAGCAUCACAGAAGAGAAAAGCAGAUCUGGCUACUGAGAGUUCUGGGAAAAAAGAUGCUAAGAAAGUGAAGUCGUGAAGCUGAAAACUGAAUGCUAAAUGUAAAACUGCCACUUUCUUCUCUCCAUCUACAAGUAUUAAUUGCCAACUUCUUUGUAUUCAUGGUACUCUCCCCCUAAUCCCAUGGUUUAAUUUUGCAAAUUUUGUAUACUUUACAAUGUCUGUCUUUACCUAAAAUGUGUAGCUUUAUAUCUUAUGCAUUCCAGUAUUUUUGUGUACUGUAUUUUGUGAGUUUCAUGUAUUCAGCAAAUUCACUCAGUCCUUGUUUUUUUUGAAGCUUGUGCUGAGGUUUUAGCUUUUCUAUGUUUUAUAUGCUGCUGCUUUGAAAGAAAACCUAGAUUCUAUAGCUGUAUUAUUGUUGUUUCAUAUUUUAAAUUUAUAUGGCUGUUGGAAAAUAAACUGACUUAAUUAUUUGAAG